AUUCCCUUUGAGAAACAUUGGUCUACAUUUUAAGUGAUAUCCUUAAUAAAGAAAAUUUCUGUGUAAAUUGGCUAUCAGUGUAUCAGUUUAGUGUGUAGUGAAUUGGCAAUCAGUUUAGUGUGUAGUGAAUUGGCAAUCAGUUUAGUGUGUAGCACCAGUGUAUUCAAAGUGUUUUGUGAACACUACUCCUAUAUUCCAAAAACGUUCGUAGCUUUAUUGUUAAAGUUAAAGUAAAGUUUUUGGUUUGCUACCCAAUCAGAAAAAACAAACUUCUUCAUUAAACGUAGUCAUAGUUGGAAUGCAGGAGAAAAAAAUAAUUAAUAGAUGACUAUCCAUUAACUUUCACCAUUGCAUUGUUUAACAGUUGUAGAGGAGACAACAGACACCAUAGUAUAUAGGCCUACUAAUAGUAUUAAUUAGUAUAGAAGUGUAUAAUGAAUAAUGUAUAGUAUCAGUAUACAGUAUAGUAUUGAUUUUGAUAAGUUUCAUUAAAAUAUAGUUACUCGUGUUAAAAUAUAACAAUCUCAGCAGUGCGCCUACUUUUUUUCAUUAAAUUAUUAUAAUUUCUUCCAAUUGUUUAAUUAAUAUAAUGAGAAGAAAACCAUUCAUUUUCCAUAAUGACCAUAUGACAUAUGUACUUAGUUUUCAGAUGCAGUCCCAGCAAAGGCAGGGACAGGGAACUACUGUUCAGCUAAUACUUGAAAAGAAGCUUGAUGAAAUCCAGAAACAAUAUAUACAUCUACUGGAGAUAAUUAAGGCAGUAAAUGGCUGUAUAUCAAAAGUAUGUACUUGACCUACUAAUACUAAUACUAUUAUGUGCACUUAAGCUCCUUGAUUACUGAUUUACAAUAUGUAUCAGGUAUUGGCAGGCGUUGAAAUCAUGAGUCAUUUUGAGUUCUAGUGCUCUCGAAUAAUCUAAUAACUUUACAAUCGAAAGGCUAUUUAUAAAACUGAUUUUUAGUUGUUGUUUUUAAUACUAGUUUUUUAAAAACUGAUGAUGAAGACUCAUUUUUAAAUUGUUAGGCAGUCAGCUAGUAUCAUUUCUUUGAGCACAGGCUGAAAUGAGGUUGAUGAAUCUAGAGGUAACAAGCUCCACUAUGGAAACUGUGCGAUUGGCAACAUAUGUAGAUCUUAUUCAAGAGAACUUAUCUAUAUCUAAGAAAUCCCUGGAAACUCUAACAAAGUUUAAUUGUAAGUAUUUUAGUAAGGAUUUUAUUUAUCAAAUAACCAUGAAAUGUAAACAAACAUUUAGGAAUUUUAAAUUUUAGAGUAAAUGUAAUCUUUUAAACCAAAAUGAUCAUUUAAAAAACAGUUUUUAUAUAUUUAAAUUGACUUUUUGUUUGUUUAAUAAAAGCAUUAUAUUUAUGAGCUGUCAUUUUUUUGGUAGACUAAUUGUAUUCUUUUUUUCUCAUAAAGUUAAUGUUUACUUUCUUUAAAAUAUUUUUUGGGGAAGUUGAUGAAAACACAUCAGAACAGCCAGCCAAUGAAGAUUUUAAUUCUCCAAGCACCACUGGUUUUGAUAUUCUUUAUGCUCAACUUCUUGAACUGAAGGAAAAUAUGACAAAGAGAUUUGAAACAGUUGAGGAUCAUCUGUCAUUAUUGGACCAAUCAACUGACUCAAGACUGCAGAAUGCCGAAGCCAAACAACUACUUAUAGUUCAAAUUCAACUUAGAAAUGAUGAAGAGUGCAACAGACUUGCAGCUCAACAGAAGAGUUUUGGUGACGAUUUAAAUAAGGUCAAGAAAAAAAUUGAUAGUCUCCAAAAGUUAAGAGAUGCUCUAAACCAGACACACAAAAACAUUUCUUCUAGAGCUGAAAUAGCUGAGAACAUAACAGAGAUGAAAAAGAAAAUGGAAGACUUCAAACAGAUGGUAUUGAUCUUGCAGCAAGGUAAGAACUUUUAGUUUGCAUGUAUUAAUAUUUGAUGUUUCUGUCUUUUUAUUCAUUUACUUUGAAUAUUGAUACUGUGCGUCUAUCGAGCUUGUGUCAUCAGUACACUACUAUACGGGAGCGAGACAUGGACCACCUAUACAUCCCAAGAGCGCAAGCUUAAUAGCUUCCAUAUGAGAUGCCUGCGUCGCAUCCUUGGUAUUAAAUAGGCAAGAAAAAGUGACUAAUAGUGAGGUCCUAAUGCGUGCGAAUACCCAAAGCAUGUUCACAAUCCUUAGUGAAAGACGCCUGAGAUGGCUAGGUCAUGUUAAAAGAAUGAGUCCCGGCCGCAUUCCGAAAGACAUCCUAUAUGGUGAACUUGCUUCGGGAAAGAGGAAAACAGGUCGCCCACGUCUGCGAUUUAAAGAUGUCUGUCAAACGGACAUGAAAGCAGCCAAAAUACAUACAAGUGACUGGGAGUGUAAGGCAAAAGACCGAUCUACGUGGCGCACAGUUGUCAAAGAGGGCGUCAUGGUAGCCGAGGAGCGAAGAAUGGAAGAGGCUGCAGACAGAAGAGCUAGGAGAAAGGCCAAAACAUAUAGAAGCACGGAACUCGUGUGUAAAAACUGUGGUAAAGACUGUCACUCAAGGAUAGGACUGCACAGCCACUCGAGAAAAUGCAACCCAACCAAACAGUGAUGCACCAUCGUCUCACGAGACGGAAGGAUGCCGAUAGAAUAUUCAUAAAAAUCUUCUUUUAGGCAUCUUAUAAAUAACAUAACAUUAUUUCCUUGUCUUCUCUUCUUAUUCUAUAUUUUGAUGGCCCACAAUCAAGGUGUUGAUCAUUCUGGCUCCUAUGUUUGUAUAGGGAUUUGUAAUGUUUCUGUGCAUGGUUUUGAAGAGGGCACUUCACUGGUUGCAAGGGCUACUCAGCAAUGAUCUUAGGAACUUCACAUCUACUAAAGUUUAUUGACAAAACAUGUAUUCAAGUUACACACUUUAUAAGAAUGCUUCUGGUCAUUUUAUUUUGCACAUUCUUUGAAAUCAUUGUUAUACUCAUACAUGAAUACCUAUUUGUGUUAUAUCUAGGUAUUAAACUAAUGAGAAAUGAGUGCAGUACUAUGAUUUAGUGAGCGACUUCUUGUGAAAUAAAUUCUCCUGGAGGUCAUUAAAUUUCCUGACUAAUUUUUUACACAAACUUCUGCUGAAAAAAGAUCCGGAUUAAAAAGCACUGCUUUUAAAUGUAAAACUAGUUAAGGAAGGAAAUCUAGGAGAUACAAGCUAAAAAAUUAAGUUACUAUGAUUUCCACCAUUGAUUUCAGAUCAGCUCAAGGAGAAUGUGAUGUCAGCAUUUGUGGCAGAGGCCACGUCAAAGACAAUCGUAACAUCAGGAAACAUUAUUCACUUUUCUAUCGUGAAUUUCAAUAAAAGGAACUGUUAUGAUCACAAGACAAGUAAAUUUAAAGCUCAGAUUCCAGGACUCUACUAUUUCAGUGUGUCCAUUAACACAAACACCAUGGGGUUGUUAACGGUGGCCAUUUCUCACAUGGGAAAUCAAGUAGCUUUGUGUGCCACACCCGAUGGCCAGGAUUUUCAAACAAGUACAUCUGUACUGUUGGAACUGUCAGCUGGAGAUGAGGUAUGGGUGGAAGCAGACAGUAUCACUCCAAAAAAUAAAAUGGAAAUAGGGGGUGGAGUUUCGAAUUUUUUGGGGUUUCAGAUUAGAUAGUAAAAAAAAUAAUUUUGCUAAGAUUCAAUGCAUUAAAUCAACGACAUGGGGAAUUAUAUUUUGUCUUAUUUCAUACAUAAUAUUUUGUAGAUUAAGUAAAAUAUUUCACUUCUAAAUUCUUGACUUGAUCAUUGUUAACUAUCAUUGUUAACUUGAUCAUUGCUAACGUGGUAAUUGUUAACUUCAUCAUUGUUAACUUGGUCAUUGCUAAUUUGUCAUGGCUAUUGGGAAUAAAACAGACAUUUAAUAUCAAUGAGUUCUUUUCUUAUUUUUUUUCUUGUAUUAUCUCCAAGAGUAUCCAAGAUUUUAGUUUAGAUCACUGCAGCAAUCAGUUUAUUCAAUAAACAAAAGUGAAAUGUUAGACAGAGAAAACAUAACAGUUAGAUUUAUUUUAUUUUUAAAUUUUACGGUGAGUAUAAAAUUUUAACAAUAAAAAACUCCAUACUUUAUUUGAGAAAGAUAAAGCUAAGUAUUAUGGGUAUUAUUCAAAAAGGAAAUUAGUUACAAUGAGAAUAAAUUAUGCCCAGCAUUCAUGACCUAAAUCCACAAACUGAGAUAACUAUUUAUUUAUUCACUCUCGUUUCCAAAAAUAAAAUAAAUAGGAAAAAUAUGCUUGAGCUAUCAAUUCUUGUUUAAGUCAAAUAAAAUCUGUAUUUCUUAUGUACACAAAAAGAUGUAUUCUC